AUGGGGGCCCCCGUGGCUACACUGCCGGGAGCCUUAGCGCUCUCCGCCUGUCGCAGCGCGGGGCCAGCCGGGUGGGCAGGGUGGAGCCGAGCGGUCCGCGGGGCAGCAGCCGGAGCUCGUCUCGCUCUCCCUCCUGCAGGUGGGCCUGGAAAGGCGGACGCGGAGGAGGGGGCGCCCGCCAUGGCGGGCCCGCAUCUUCCCACCGAGGCCUCUAGCCCGCCGCCCCCGCGGAACGGCCCUCCGCAGCCCCUGUGA